UUUGGCUCGAAAGGCAGGAAAGUUGCCGCUCUCGCAGAGUUGGCUCAGCAUUAUGUGGACAAUCCAUCACUACCCUACACCCGUUUGGACGAGGCUAUCAGGCAAGAAUUCCCUUGGUGGGUUCCAGAAAAGCUUUCGUAUAUUCCCUGGAGGUCUACAAUACGGUCACAAUCCUGGGAGACUAUCUUUGGGUGGAAUACGACUGGUUUAGUAAUCUGUGCAGGAGAUGGGCAGGCUUGGGAAGCUGCACACUUGAUCAGCACUCUAAGGAAUGUUAUCAACAGCAAGCUUCCUAUAGAAGUUGCGUAUGCAGGCGACCAAGACUUGUCUCCUACUACACGAGAAUUCCUGGCAAACACCAGCAGCGAGGUACAUUUCGUGGAUCUUACUCAGAUCUUUGACGAUCAUGUUGUCGGUCUUUCUGGUUGGGCCAUGAAGUCGUUCGCAAUUGUAGCGAGUCGGUUUGCCCGCACGAUCCUGGUCGACGCAGAUACGGUCUUUUUCUUCGCCCCAGACACUAUAUUCAGUACUUACCCAGGCCUCCGUGAAACCGGGGCCCUCUUCUUUCACGAUAGAUUUACUACCUCGUCAUGGUCGUAUAAAGCUCCUGCACGUCGAGGUUGGGUCGCCGCAGAACUUAUAGCUACGCAACGAGCCGCUUCAGUUCAUCUCAAUACUAGUUCACUCUUUUAUAGGGAGUAUACUACUGAGGAGGCAGACUCGGCUAUGGUAGUUAUCGACAAAUCGCAAGCUAAGCUCUAUUUAGCUACACUCUUUGCUGCUUGGAUGAAUACCAAGUAUAUAAGGGACUUUACAUACGAUAUGUUCCACGGCGACAAGGAGACAUAUUGGUUAGCAACAGAACUUUCUGGGGCAACUUAUUCAUUUGAACCCUGGUCUGCAGCUAUUAUGGCUGAAGAUGACUCUUCGGAAUCGAUAGCAGAGCACUUAGGCAAAAAGUGUACAGAACAUAUGGCUCAUGCAACAGCAGAUGGUACUGAACCAUUCUGGGCUAACGGGGCUAUCUGGAAGGAUAUAAAGCGCAAAGAUCUAAGCUUUGUCAAUUGGACGCACUGGUUCCUCGGCAGCAGGAUUGAC